UUCCCUCGUCAGGCCCUCUGGGAAUCGUAGUCUUCGGGAGCCACGGCAGGCUGGAGCGAGAUUUGCGGCCAUCGCGAUAUCCGCGCGAGCGGUUGCUGCGAUACGGCGGCGCUGCCCGCGGGCUGAUGGCGGCUGAGGGGCGCGAGAGAAGUUAAAAAGGAAACGAGUAUGGCCAGCGGUAACAGACCUCCCACAGCUCGUUCUGCCUUAAGAUCAGGAAUAGGACUGACCUCUUCAUCAAGGCCUGCCUCUUCAUCAAGGACUCCGUCAGCAGGCAGAGUAGGAACAGCGAUGCCUCCUAGUACAGCAAGACCUGGUUCUCGUGGUGGUUCUUUGACUCCUGGAGGAGUCUUAUCAUCUCAGAUUAAAGUUGCAGACCGCCCAGUGACUCAACAGGGAUUAAGUGGAAUAAAAACUGCAGUGAAAGGUCCUCAGAGACAGAUAAUGGAUAAAACGUACUACCUUGGCGUGCUGAGAAGUAAAAUAAAUGAACUUACAACGGAAAUUAACAAGCUGCAGGAAGAAGUAGAAAUGUACAAGCAAGAGAAAUCUGUCUAUUUGUCCUAUGAAAAACGGGCAGAGGCUUUAGCUGGUGAAAUCAAAGAUUUUCAAGGUCAACUAGCAGACUACAACAUGGUUGUGGAUAUACUUAACACCAGUACAGAUAUGGCAGAAGUGAUCCGUGAUUACAAUAUGUUAAAGGUUCAGAAUGACCGAGACACUCAGAAUAUAGAUAAAAUUUUCACAGAAAGACAAACCACAGAAAAGUUAAUUCAAGCUGUAGAAGAAGAUAUCGAGCGUGAAAAGAUUGUGGCAGAUGACAUAAUGAAAGACAUGUCACGGGAAAAUCAGGCUAAAUAUCUGGAGAUAAAAGCUGCUAAUGAGAAGCUCUCCCAGGAAUUGGUUGUUCAACAGCAGGAAUUGGAUGCACUAAAUGUGAAGGAAGAGAGUCUAAGGGCUGAAAUAGCACACUCUGCAGUGAAGCAGGAAGCUGUGCAGUUGUAUGAAAAGCUCCAUGAGCUCAAGGAACAUCGAGAUCGAAUGAUUGCUGAGGAUAAGAACAUGGAGUCUCCCCAGGAGGAAAGAGAGAGAUUACUAAAGCAGGUUAAAGAUGAUAGUCAAAAAAUUGCAAGCAUGGAAAGACAGUUGGCAGAAGUAAAAGAAAAAAUAGAUUAUUUUAAAAAGGUCAUUCAACGACUUGAUACAGAUCUGGAGAACCAUCGAGGGGAAGAAAAUUGGAAAUACAAGGAGUUGAAGAAGAGGGAAGAGAGCAUGGACAAUUUUCUAGCAACUUUUGAAGAUGUGAAGAAUCAGGAAUUGGAAAGAAAGGCCCAAAUAGAAGCCAACAUUGUUGCACUCCUGGAGCACUCGAGCAGGAAUCUGAAUCAUAUGAAACAAAUUUCAUCUGUUACCAAUCAAGAGCUGAAGAUUAUGCAGGAAGACCUCACUUUCAAAUCAAAUGAAAUGCAGAAAUCACAGAGCACUGCUAAGAAUCUGAUUACAGAGAGUCAAAAACUGCAGCUGGACCUACAGAAGAUGGAACUGUUGGAGGGCAAGAUGGUUGGUGAACUAGCUUCUCUUAAGGACAAAAUUGAACAGACAAAAGCAGAGUUGGAGAUCUACAAUAAUUUGCCAGCUCUGAAAGCAUCAGGAGAAGAAAAGAAAAAGAAACUCGAGGAUGACAAAGAAAAAUUAACAAAACGAAGUCGUGCUUUUAAGAAAAUAAUGGAGCAUUUGAAUACAGAGUAUGAGACACUAAAGAAGGAGCUGCAAGAAAAUGAGACCCAUGCUCAGCUUACAAAUUUGGAGAGGAAGUGGCAGCACCAUGAGCAAAAUAACUUUAUGAUGAAGGAGUUCAUAGCGGCAAAAAGUCAGGAGAGUGACUACCAGCCAAUAAUGAAGAAUUCAAGAAAGCUGGUCAAAGAAUACAACAAAGCUCUCAUAGAAGCUUUACAGAACACCAAGAACUGAACCCAGGCAUUUCCUUCCUGCCUGAAUGGACCAACAAUGAGAGAUGUGCAAAGGCCGUCUGGAAAGCUGGACUACUGAGAUAAUUUAUUCACCACUAGGGUGGAAGAUAUUCUUAAAAUUAUUUUUCCAGGUUUUUAGAAGUUACAGGUUUUAAUACUAUCUCUCCUUUUGCACUGUUUAAAAUUUUUAGAAAUAAACAUCUGAAUUUUAGAAACAAAAAGGAAAUACUGCCCAAUGAGUUACUAAGGCUCAUUGCUGAAUUGCAUCUCAAAUGUGAAAUUUUAGUCUGCUUUACACCCUGAAUUUCUAAUUGCCUUGUAGUCUUGCCCCUGUCAAACAGUACAGGACUGCUUGACGCGCUGUCAUAUGCAUUAUCUUAAAUUAAGUGCAUAAUAAGAUAAAUGGUAACAUCAACAUACCAUACCAAUAUAUAGCAAUUUAUACCAAGCAAGGAAAGCAUGUAAUGAUGACAAGCAUCUUUUAAAGUCAAAAUUGCUUCAUAGUGUAAAAUCUUACAAUAAAACAAGUGCCAGCAAA